GUGCCAGUGUCAGCUUACCUUGGUCCGCGUGUGACCCGGUGUCUGGCUUUGGUUUCUGCUGCUUUGUCUCUGGUUCGUUAUUGUGUUUCCCUCUUUGCAGGUUCUCCAUCUUACCUCACGACUGGAUCAGCCACGCGCGGACUUGACGAAGCUGUCCGAGAACCGAGUGAUUCCCAUACUUCACCGGCCGACCGAACGACAGCUAGCUGCGUACAAACGGGCGCUCUCCACGCAAUCGCCACGACACUACGGAUGUUAAGGGAUCCUUCGAGCAGAAUCCGAAACUUGAGCGGCGGCGCGACUCCCAUCCGGGAACGACGAUAAUCUGUUGGCUCUCGAUCUUUUCUGUCGGCUAUCACUUAUAAAUCGAGUACGCACCACAUCGUCUUGGCAUCGUUCGGUCGUCGAAAAAUGAAUUGAACGGGUGCUGCUGCAAAGAGGUCUUAUUUGUGAUCUUGGCAUGUUAUCCUUCUUUUCACCUACGGAUUACAUCGCUCUCAUCCCACAAUUCUCAUCUCACCAGAACGCAUUUGAGUACCUAUCUGGCUGGGGUGUUUAAGGAUCAACAAUUUGUUUUUUCGUUGGUUUUUCUAUUUGUUUUUUUCGUUAACGUGAGGAAUCUCUUCUCUUUGCUGCCCGAAGCCACUCUCCUCUUACCACCCUGCCUUCUGCAUCAUGCUGAUGAGUGACUGCGUUUUAGUCCCGUCAUCCGAGAUCCCAUUCAUUCAUCUGAAGGGCAAUACAUUGAGAGAAGGAAGACGACCCAUUCCUGGAUACACAAGCUGCGGCAGAAAGAAGACAUUCAACGGGCAGAUCAAAACAAAACGCAACAGACGCAAAAGAGGAGAGGGGAUACCGGUAGACGAGGAGGGAAAAAGAACAAAAGGAGGGAAAACUCGGCCGCAUCCGCCCACCUCAGCGGGCGCAACAGACGCACCACAACCGCUCAAGACACCCUAAAAGGAACCGUCAUUUAGGGAACGACACGCCACAGGAGCAGCGCCAUUGGCCCUCCCCGGAACCUUCUACCCCAAAUCGGCUGGGUUCCCCCGCUGCCCGCACCUCCUCACCUCAGUGCUCACCAACUCACUCUCACUCUCACUCUCACACUCACACUCACUCUCACCCUCACAUUCGCCCACCCCAACGCUUACACUCACCCCUUCACCUUCCUUACCGGGCUGCAACGAAUCCUUACCUUGCCUUCCCUUCACUUUCCUGCGCGGUACCGUACGGAGUAUUCACGUUGGUUACCUUACCUUAGCUUAUCGGAGUGAGCCCCCCUUACUGCUCAUUUCGACUACGUACCGGGGCCCCCAAAGGUACCUUACCUUACCUUACCUUAUCUGCCCAGCACCUUGCCCAAUUAGGGCAAUCUGUAUUUGAGGUACACUGUACCAAGUACAUCCCGUACCUUCCCUACCUUUAAGGUACCUUACUCUGCAGCAGUGCACCCUAGGGCCUAAGGAACGGUAAGGCAAGCACCUGCCAGGUUCUUUUAGGGGACUUUUGAGUCGCCUUAUCUUAUCUCGACUCUGGGAGGUGGGCUGCCAUUCAGUCACGUCUGUUUGUCUGUCUGUCUGUCUGUCUCCGUCUCCGCCUACGCCUCCUUCUCCUUCUCUCUCUCUUCCUCUCCCAAUUUCAAUACUUCCUCUCACCCUACGAACGUCCUUUGUGCAGCCAUUCUCACGUCUUGGACAUCGACAUCUGCGGCAGCUGCAGUCGCUACGGCGUUCUUCCCACCCCAAGCACAUCCCGGGAUACCUGUAAUUCGUCCAGACCGGGACUGGCCCAUCCACAGCGCGUGAGCGGCUCCUCGUGAGCAAGGCCUCUUUCCCGGCAGAUUCACCCGCCGACAUGUCCGGCCGAAGCGCCUAUGUGCGCAAGAAGAUCACUCAGGCCGAGAAGGAAAAGGCGAGGGCAAGAUCAAAUACCGGCGGCAUAAUAGGAGAGUAUGAAGACCUCACCAUUCCCGAGUUUCCGCUUCCCCAGACCGGCGCUUCUUUACCCGUUGGCACCGGCAUCGGGACCACAAAUGCACGCUUCCUCAAGUUCUCAGAGCCUCCCCGCGACAUCAAGCCAGGAACACCAAGCAUAGGCAGUGGCAGUGGAAGCAGUGAGGGCGGCCGUCGUGACGGGAGCUCCGGCCCCCUCGAUGACUUCGCCUAUGCCCGCGCCCGGAGACCCACCAUCAAGACGGAAGACGUCUCGGGCAUCGAAAAGUCGGGUUUGCGAAGCAGGCUGGACAAGAAGAGCGAAGAUGUACGGAGAGGUCUGGCCAAGACUUUCACCUUUAAGCGCAAAGACAAGGAGCCCGACUUCCGUCCCGAAUCCGUUGCCACUGUACGCCCGGGUCAACAUCAGAACCCAACCCCAAUGUCGCCCACCGAGCUCGACUACACCUACGAACAGUUCAACAUGGAUACGAUGCAGCAGAUGCACAUGCAGCGGCAGAUGCACAUGCAACAUCAACAGCAGCAGCAGCAUCAACAACACCACAUGCAGCACAUGAACCAACAAAUGCGACAUCAGGAUAUGGAUCUGCCUACAUCGCCACCCCCAGCAUCGAAGUUGCCUCCUGUCCCGACCACGCCGCCCAUCAAGCGAUGGAUCGGCGCCGGAAGACCUGUUCAGAGAUGGAAUAAGCUGCGCAAAGACCCCGAAUUGUGGGAUCCGAAUGGAGAUGUUCUCGUCUUCUUCGGGCACAAGGGCCAAGCCCCGCGGCCGAACCCAUCCUUUAGGCUCUCCUCACAUAUAAUCGAAGCGACCGAAUCGAGGUAUCUCAUCACGUUGCUUCGGGAGGGUACAACCGAGGAGGACAUCUACAUGCCGCCAUCUCCACAGGGCGCACCACCCAUGCUUCGGCCACACAUGCGCGGUGGGCAACCGACACCGCCCAUCUCGGAGGAUCUCGGCGAAGCUGAUGGACAAAUUUCGUACGAAAUGUACUUCCCAACUCCCGCAAACAUGACCAAGACGGAACAGCUCAGGAGCCAAAUUACAACAAGAAACGUCUUUGCCUUGCUUUACCACGCAUCUCUGGUCGGGUUGAUGCUUCACCAGGCUCUCUCCGACCUCCACAUGCGAUUGGAUGCCUAUAUGCCACCGGACGCGGACAACGUCGGUAUGAUCCUGAAUUAUCUGUCAGCACGGGGAAUCGACGAUGUUCGUAACGACCCGGAAACGGCUGUCAGCUUGCUGGCAUGGUCCGAAGGGUCAGCUGUGCGGUGGGAGGAGGGCUGGCGGGAGAGUUUCCUACACUGCGCCGGCAUGUACAGCCAGCUGGAGACAUGCGCCGACUUCAAAGACCUCACGCCCAUCACCCGCGCGCUCCUGGAGCGAGCAUGCCUGGAGACGCAGCUCCGCGUACAGGCGGCCGAAGAGAGACUCGCAGAGUUCCAGUAUGGCGACAUGUGGCCAGCAGGUGUUGGUGGUCAGGCAAAGGCUGCUGCAGACCGUUUACAAAAGUUCUUCUUGAAUCACUAUCUGCACUCACAGGGAGCGUGGCCGCCGGCGCAGACAACCGGUCUUCCAGACUCCGACGGCGAGGACAUGUGGCUAACAAGGAACGUGGCACAAUCAUUGCAAAAGGACUUUGGGGCGCUGUACGACUACCUUGUCAACCGCGAUAUUGUCUGGGACAUGUCUGAGGCGCGAUCAGGGCGCAAAUGGAUGAUGCAGAGUGAAAAGGACAAGGGAUUUGACGCCGACAUCGACAUUCCCAUCACAGACAUUCUCGUCGAGUUCGAUAACAAGUUGCGGUUUCCACACAUCCCUCACCCAUACCCCAUGGUACCCGAAUCCAUCCCGCCCGCGCCGUCAAAGGAGAGCUCUAUGUUCAAGAAGAAGACUGGCGCAGGUGCCAACAACGGUGGCCGAGCGGGUGCCAUGGAACGACGAGUUCAGUUGGCGUACACCGAGGCCACAAACAUUUAUAUCCUCGGUUCCGAUUUUACACAAUCGGAUCUAAUCGACGCCUUUGUGAAAUUCGAAAAGAGCGACAGCGUCACUGAGGUUGACCCGGCCGUAGCCCGACGGGGACGUUGGGUUCUGAUCUACGGUAUUCUUCAGACGCUGGCGAGCGUGUCAGUGGACGCCCCCAACGUGCGAUACCGCGAGGGGGUGCCGUAUCAUCUGUCUCCGCGCCUCAGAGGCACAAGGGUCCCUCCGUGGAAGGGCUCCAGCACGACAGACGAGGCAUCGCACGAGCUGUCUCACUGUUGGAUGGUACAGCACAGCUGGAACACGCCGAACAACAGCGGCGCCGAGAGUUCGGGCGGAUCAGGCAACACCAGCCCCGUGCAUAAUCUCGCUCGCCCUUUUGCGUAUCCACGCGCCCCGGCUUCGACAACAUCGCGGGGGUCUGGGUAUCAGACGACCGGGACCCGUUCUAUUCACUCGACGGGUUCAGCACCUCACUUCAGCUCAGCGUACAGCGUCGUUAGCGAAAGCGACACCGCCAGCAGCAUCCGUACACCUGCAUCCAGUCGGCCAGGUACAAAUAUGAAGAGAGCGCAGUCGCGAGAUAAUGUCAAGGGACUGGGCGGCGGGCCGGGAAGCAUGCGCAGUGCCACCACCUUUGGCGGCACCGGCGCCGGCGGCGUGGAUCGAGGAGAGGCAAUGGAAUUACCUAUUCGAAGACGUGAUUUUAGCGCCUUUUUGGAUGCCAACGGCUCGCACGGCAGUUAUGCGCGCUCCAGCGGCGCCUCGCAGCACGAGCAGCAAUCGCUUCCCUUGUCGAGCAACAUCACGGGGUCAGGAGGCUUCCUCGCACUCGACGACACGUUGGAUAGGAAGAGCGCGCGGGGUGGGUAUAAUCAGGGUCGAGUGAAGCGCGAGGGGUCUGAGACGGACAGCAUGGCGCCGCGAAUUCGGGACUUUGAUUUGGAUGUGAUUGAUGAUCAUGAGCCGUGAGGUGGACGAGACCUGGCCAGCCAAGCCAUUUUGGUGAUGGAGCUGGCGUGAUGGGACGGAUAAAAUUUUGUAUAUAUUCCUGGGCUAGACCACGUCAUGGCUUGGAGAGGGGAAGCGUUGAAGAGAACUAGAGCGGGACGAGGGCAUGAUGCAGCAAGCGAGAUAUGUCAUCAGGUAGCCAGCUGUAGAUUUUUUGGGUUGGCUUUGAGUUUUCUCUUUUGGGGGGCGGGGGGAUGGACAUAAAAGUUGAAGAUAGGAUAGUUUAGUUCGUACCUUUUGUGUUGAUUGAGUGAUACCCGCUAAUUUUACUUGUAUUAUUUUUGGUCGACUGAGACACGAAUCACUCUCUAAUCAAUA